AUGUCUCUUUGCGCUGAGAUUAACCGUACGGGGUUCCUCGGUAUCAUUGGCUUUGACCAAUGCGGCUGGAAUGGUACCGCCGGAUUCGUUUGGGAGUUUUGGCGAUUGGCGCCCUGCUGCGGCGCCCCUGAUUUUGCCAACGCACUUCUCUGCAUCUUCAACUGUUUAUUCUGUUCACCUUGUAUCUUGUGCAAAACAUAUGCGUCGAGUUUGGGCGAUGUGUGUUCCGUUUGGCCGCAUUGCCUCAUGGUUCUCCUUUGUCCAUGCGCCCGCUGGUUCACACGUUACAACCUCCGCAAGCGUACUGGCACAUCUGGGAAUAUCAUUGGUGACUUUUUCUGUGUCUUCUGUUGCUGUGCCCCGUGUGCCUGCUGCCAAGAGUUCCGCAGUAUUAAUAUUGGCUCCUGGCGUAUAGUGCCGGAUGCCAGUAGGAUGCAGUUCUUUACUCCGGGUUGUCGCCUGCUCCGCUGA